AACAGUAAAGUCAUUCUCAGAACACGCUCUUUUAACUCAGUCAGUUUUUACAGGAAAAAACACCUUUAUUUAUCUGUUUCAUUAAAAAAAAUGUGCUGUACAAAGUACAAUGAAGAAGCCAAAGAAUAGAGUGGUUAUGAUAGACCUCCAAUUUUCAAUCCGAAAAUCUCAUUAGGUCAUGUAAUCUUAAAAUCCUGUACGAUAUAUGAAUCAAAUAUUGCUCAAAUAAGCGACGAUAAUGGAAUUCAAUUGACUUUUGAUGAAAUUCGCCUAAAAACUAUUCGAGCCGCACAAAAUCUUCAAAAACUUGGAUAUGAGCCGAAACAGGUGUUUGGAUUGAUGGCAAAAAACUCACAUAAUGUCGCACCGAUUGUAUUUGCAUCGAUAAGUAUUGGAUGUCCAGUCAAUACACUAGAUCCAACAUUUGGAAAAGUCGAAUUGAUUCAUAUGCUCAGUAUAACAAAGCCAGCGCUGAUGUUUUGUGAUGUCGAGGCUUAUGAUUUGGUGAAAGAGUGUUUAACGGAAAUGGGAAAUGGUGCCAAAAUUUUCACAUUCGGUGGUAGUAAGGAUGGAUCAAAACCAGUUGAGGAUCUACUUUCAAAAACUGAAAAUGAAGACGAUUUUGUUCCGUUGAAUAUUGAUGGUGAAAAUGAAAUUGCUUUCAUUGCUUGUUCUAGUGGAACUACCGGCCUUUCAAAAGGAGUAUGCUUAUCGCAUGCAUCUCUUCUUAGUGUAAUGGACCGUGGCACUUCGAUAAAUUCAAGUGACGUGAUUUUAUGCUUCAGUUCUCUAUAUUGGCUGAGUGGGAUUGUUUUUCUCUUUUAUGGAACAUUAAAUGGAUCAACUCGUAUCAUUACAACCGACGCCUAUGCGCCAGAGUUGCAAUUACGUUUCAUCGAGCAAUAUAAAGUAACGGUUACGAUGAAUGCACCACAUCAUCUAACAUUGAUGCUGAAAAGUGCUGCGUUUGCUAAAACAGAUUUAUCAAGUUUAAAGCGACAGAUGACGGGCGGAAGUAGAACUCCCAUGAUUGUAAAAAAUGAGAUGAAUUCAUGUCUUCCGAAUGGGCGGGUAUAUGUUGGUUAUGGUCUGACCGAAAUCAGUGGCAUAGCUGCAAUUGACGAUCCUUUGUCAAAGGACAAGGACACUGUUGGCCGACUUAAUGUUGGAAUACAUGUUAAAAUAAUUGAUGAAAACGGCAAACGGUGCGGUAUUAAUGUUAACGGUGAAAUUUGCCUGAAAACGAACUAUAAAUGUUUGGGCUAUUACGAAAAUCCAAAAGCCACCAACGAAUUAUUUGACAGCGAAGGUUUUAUUUUGACCGGAGACGUGGGCCAUUUUGACGAACAUGGUUAUUUAUACAUUGUGGAUCGGAAAAAGGAAUUCUUGAAAUAUUGCAAUUCACAGAUUUCACCAUCAGAAAUUGAGAGCUUUUUGAUUGGAUCGCCACAUAUUAAAUCGGUGUGUGUAGUUGGAGUACCUGAUGAUUUUGCUGGUGAUUUACCAGCAGCCGUUGUUGUUAAAACUGAAGGAUCUAAUAUCACGGAAAAGGAUGUGUUUGAUUUAGUUUCAGAACACUAUUCGGACAUUUAUAAGCUUCGCGGUGGAGUUUUUUUCGUUGAUUCAUUGCCUGCAACUCCAUCGGGCAAAAUUUUGAGAAGAAAAGCUAAAGAGAUCGUACUUUCAUUAUUAAGUUCUUAGUUUUACACAUGCAUGUUUAUUCUGUUUAAGAUUUAAUCAAACAUUAUAUUGAAAUAUU